AUGCUCGAUACUACAGCGGAUGAGCUCUCGACAAACGAAUACCCAGCCAUUAGCCCUCUGAAAUCCAGAAACCUCAAUCUAAACCAGAGGUUAGCUGAGUCAACUGGUGCCGCGGCGUCGCCAAAGGGCAUCCUAUCACCGACCAAGAAAAGGGGACCUCGGCCACAAAAGAAUGUUUCCUUUAACAAGAGCAUCGACGCCGAAGCCACCACCGAGGUCUUCUUUGAGGACCUACCCAAGGAGCCCAGCGGCAAAAAGAAGCCUGGUCGAAAGCCGAAGCAGGCUCAACCUGUUGUUGUUGCCACAGAUGAGAUUGUGUGUGGCGUUUGCUCCAGACCAGACUCACAAGCACCCAACGAGAUUAUCCUGUGCGAUAAUUGUGACUUUGCCGUCCAUCAAAUGUGCUACGGAGUACGAAAAAUUCCAGAGGGCGACUGGCUGUGCAAGUCGUGCGCACAGGAAGAUGUCCUGGGUCUGACCAAGAAAUCGACUGAGGAGGUUUCUGAAAUAACCGCCGCCGCGGCCGCCAACCCAGUAGCGGCUCCUACCACCGAGGUGCCGGAUAUUCCCAACCUAGAUCAUCACUUGCGUGCCCUGCAGAGGGUCCUCUUGGAUCGGUGCAACGGCCGAAGGACGGUUCGCAUGUUUGGCCAGCAAGAUCAAUAUGAAAAGGCGCAUCAGCUCAUCGAGCAGACUGUCGUGGCGGGCGAGGGAAACUCCAUGCUCCUUAUUGGACCAAGGGGGUGUGGUAAAACAACGAUGAUCAACAACAUCGUUAAAGACAUGUCACGGGAGCAUCGACAGGACUUUCAUAUCGUUAGGCUUAACGGAUUCAUUCAUACAGAUGACAAGCUCGCGCUGAAGGAAAUCUGGAGGCAGCUUGGAAAGGAAAUGAAGGUUGACGACGACUUGCUGAACCGGUCCAACUAUGCCGAUACCAUGGCGUCCUUAUUGGCACUGCUGUCCCACCCUUCGGAGAUUCUAGGACUAGAUGAGGGAGUCACGUCGCAAUCCGUCAUAUUCAUCAUUGACGAAUUCGAUUUGUUCGCGACCCAUCCCAGGCAGACACUUUUGUACAACUUGUUUGACAUUGCUCAAUCUCGAAAAGCUCCCAUUGCAGUCCUGGGCUGCACAACGCGCCUCGAUGUGGUGGAGAUGUUAGAGAAGAGGGUCAAGAGCCGAUUCAGCCACCGAUAUAUUUAUUUAUCUUUGCCCAAGAAUCUAGCCGCUUUUUGGCAAGUCUGCCGACAGGGGCUCAUGCUCGGGGAUGUCGAAGCGGAGGAGGAAGGUCUGGACCGGAGCAUCGAAGGAUUCACCGAGUUCCAGGCAUAUUGGGAUCACAAGAUUGAGCAGCGAGCAUUUCAAGACUUGCUACAAUAUCACUACUACACAACCAAGUCGCCGUCGGCAUUCUUCAACGAAUGGAUCUUGCCGCUCUCAUGGCUCACGGCGGGCAACCCAAACCUCAACAUUCCGGCCGUCGGCUCAGAGUUGACGUCGCUGGCGCCGCCGGAUUCGCGGUUGCACCUGCUAUCGACACUGUCGGAGCUGGAUCUCGGGUUGUUGAUUGCCGCCGCUCGGCUCGACAUUGUGGCCGACACGGAUACGGUCAACUUUGCCAUGGCAUAUGACGAGUACAGCACGCUGGCGGGACGGCAGCGCGUGCAGUCGGCCACAGCAGGCAUGCUUGCGCAGGGCGGCAACGCGAGGGUCUGGAGUCGUGGCGUCGCAGCGGUGGCAUGGGAGCGACUCGUCACGCUGGGAUUGCUGGUGCCUGCGGGCGUGGGCGCGGGCAGCCGAAAUCAAGGACACGGGGGGCUGGAAGCAAAGAUGUGGAGAGUGGACGUGGCGCUGGAGGAGAUUCCGGUUGCUACGAAGCUGAGCACGGUUCUGGCCAAGUGGUGCAAGGAGAUAUGA